AUGUCGCCACUUGAUGCCUUUGAAGUAGUGCUGCGACUCAAUGAUCUAACCCAUUUGGCGCCCAAAUCCACUGGAAGUGUAUGCAAGCUGAUGUGGUCCGACUAUACAGAGAGGGGCAAGCUGUUUUCUGAGGCCGCCGUGACAACUAAGGAUGAACUUAUUUCCUUCUCUCUUUCGUUUCUGCACAACCCCGCUUCUUCGUCCAGUGCUCUCCUUGCAGCAGUCCUCUUCCGCCUUUCAGACUUCUGCCAGUGGUGCUCCGAUUUCGAACAGAGGCUCAUUACAAGACUCGAUCCCCAGCUAUUCAAUCAGUUGGUGGCGUCCUUUGAAAAAGAGAGAAACCUCAAUCGGCAUGUGUUGUACUAUGAGCGCGGAGACGAGGCCUUCUCCUACACACCUCUGGCAAGUGGAGAAAAUCCCAUAUCCCACAAGUUCACUACGGGGUGCUACCUUUGUGCAUUAGACACGCUGCUGGCACAGUUAGCUCACAGCGUGACAGUAAGCAUGCCCCUCUUCUUCAGUGUGUGUAGAACUGCCGAUCGCCUUAUGGAUAUCAUAGCAAACUUCAAGCUAGUAUACACACCUCUCAUUGAGAAGAGUCUGCCUCUCCUGGCAAAGCUCAUGAUGAACCCCGUUCUCUUUGCCUUUAUUCUCACCGCAGAGACGUUUGACCACGGAUCAGUGGACAGAGCUUACAUGGAUCAAUACGCAGACGACUAUUACAACGCCCAUGCAGACAGCAUGAUUACCGGGCUUUCUGGAGAGCAAGAGCGCCAGACGCUUUCUCCAGGUUCCCCACGGACAGUUGCCGGAAGUAAGCUUCUUCCACUCUUCAUUAACAUGAUAGUCAGCCACCUGCCACGCGUGAGUAACCAGAAGUCGGUUGAGUUUCCAAUAAUAUAUGGCUGCCUUCUUUGCAUAUGGCUCAGCUCCUUCGUCGAAAAGCGCUCCUUGUUAACACAGGGCAUCUUUGUCCUUAUCGUAAGGAUACUGAACUGUACCAUCCUUCAGAAUGUUGCUAAAAUUGUUCGUCUGUCGCUCAAGAUCCUUUUGAACGUUAGCACUCUCCCCGAGGCGGUAGAUUUUAUGGCAGCAUCCCAGCUGGAUGCCGUUCUUGUCGUUAUGGAAGGCAAAGGAUGGCAGGAGUCUAAGGAAAACCCCUCAGGAUGCAUAUACACCUUACUCAGGGAGCUCCGUGCCAUUCUUGAACAAACUAUCAAGAAGGUGACAACCUGGGAAACGUACUUGGCGGAACUUAAGUCAGAUCUUCUUGGGAACACUCCUGUGCACACGAGCGAAGCAUUUUGGAAGGCCAAUUCGCACAGGCUUCUUGAUAAUUCCGCCUAUGCCCUUAACCGCCUAGAGCAGAUUGGCACGAAGGCAUACAAGUCUGACACCAAUUCGCUACUUGUCUGCUUGAACGACAUUGGGAUGUUCUGCAUAAGCUACAGCAAUGGCAGAAACGUGGUAGCCCAAAUGCCCAACAUCAAAGCAUUUGUUAUGUCCUGUCUGCAGCACGAGGCCGAAACCGUUCGUGACGCUGCCAUCGUGACCCUUUCGAAGGUCCUCGUGGACAACUGGCGCAAUGUGUGA